AUGGUGGACAAUUACGCAGCCAACAGAAAGAGCAGUCUCUGUGACAUCCCCAUCCUCAAUGAUGGCAGUGCCCGGCAUCUCCAUCGAUUUUUGGAUGAGUAUAUUAUUGGUCAAAACCAAGCAAAGAAAGUUCUCUCGGUGGCAGUCUACAAUCACUAUAAACGACUUCACAAUAAUAUUCCACCUGAUGUUGCACAGUGUUCUGAGGGAUAUGGUGACGGCUACUCCAGCUCUUCGAGAGAACUACUGCACUUCCAAGGAUUGAUUCCACCCUCGGCUUAUUUAUCGCAACAACCAGUACGACAGAGAAAUUUUCGAAAGAACUUUGACUCAGUUAAUGAUAGUCUUCACCUGGACAAAAGUAACAUCAUUCUGCUUGGACCCACAGGCUCGGGGAAAACGUUAAUGGUCCAAACACUGGCCAAGUGCUUGGAUGUACCGUUUGCUAUCUGUGACUGUACAUGCCUAACACAAUCCGGAUAUGUUGGUGAAGACAUUGAAUCCGUCAUUGCUAAGCUACUACAGGAUGCAAACUUCAAUGUUGCAAGAGCUCAGCAAGGAAUUGUGUUUCUGGAUGAAGUGGACAAGAUUGGAGCAAUUCCAGGAAUACAUCAGCUUCGCGAUGUAGGGGGAGAAGGUGUGCAACAAGGCUUGUUGAAACUGAUAGAGGGAACAAUAGUGAAUGUUCCAGAACGCAGCUCGCGGAGAUAUCGUACUGAUACCAUUCCAGUGGAUACCACCAACAUUCUCUUUGUAGGCUCAGGAGCUUUUAAUGGAUUGGACAGAAUAAUCAGCAGGAGGAAAAACGAAAAAUACCUUGGAUUUGGUGCAACAUUUGGUCCAGGCACUGGCUGUCGUGCUGUGGCAGCAGCUGGUUUGGCUAAUUCCUCGGGAGUGAAUACCCAUGAAGAGUUCCAGGAGAGAGACAAGUUACUCCAUCACGUGGAGGCUAGGGACCUAAUAGAAUAUGGAAUGAUUCCUGAAUUUGUAGGAAGAUUUCCUGUGGUUCUCGCACUGCACAGUUUAAAUGAGGACAUGUUAGUUCAGAUUCUGACAGAACCACAGAAUGCAAUAAUUACUCAGUACAAGAUGCUGUUUGGCAUGGAUAAGUGUCAUUUCUCCAUUUCUGAGGAAGCCCUACGUGCCAUUGCAUGUAAAGCAAUUGAAUGGAAGACAGGAGCAAGAGGACUGAGAUCAAUCAUGGAACAAAUACUGCUUGAACCCAUGUAUGAGAUCCCAAAUUCAAAUAUCAUUAGUGUUCACAUAGAUAAAGAAGUUGUCGAUGGUAAGAAGAACCCACAGUAUAUUAGGGCAUCACCAAAUGUGGAUAACAACUGCAAUGAUUAUGACUGGAUGAAAAGAGUUGACACCAACAAAUGA